AUGGGCUUUCAUGCUGUUAAGCUUCCACAGGUCCCAGCAGUACCAUAUUGGUGCAGCAUCCUAGUCCUACUCCUCAUAUGCUCGCUUCUCUCCUGCUCGCUGCACGCAAAAUCAGCAUGCAAAUGCCCCAGCUCCGACCAGGAUCCCAGCAGCGUGUACACCUUGAGCAAUACCUUCGACAACCUUCAUGGCUACCUGCUUCCUGCAAACUCAAGGUCUGCGACGUUUCUAUCAGCUGGUCUCGGGUCUUACAAGAAACAUCAUCAUCCGAAGCUGAACUUAUAUGAUCCGGGGCUCCUCAUCCUUGAUGAUCAAUUGAUCGAGUUGUGGGAACCAAGCGGCGAUGGGACGACGAUCCACGAGGCAUCCUUCAGCGUCGUAUUCACCAUGAGCAUCUACCAACCAAAAAUACAGAAGACGCCAGGUGGUGGUAAUCUGACCUUCGCCAUAUUCCCUCGCGACUUUCUGUAUGGCAACGAGUCCUUUGCUAUUGCUACACAACUCUAUUGCUACUGGAACACAUCUAAUCCUAUAGUGGGUAGCACCACACUCGCGGGCAACCAAUUCACCAUCAUGGCCGGUAUAUGUGACCAGAUGGUAUUUGGUGCAGACACUGUUCAGAUGACACUUAAUGACACUGUUAUCUGUGUGGAAAUUGCCAUAGGGCCGUCGGGGACAGAGGCCGAUUCAAGGACAAACUACAGUUUUUCGAUUGACUACAACUCUCUCGGCCAUAACAUGACGGUCCAGGUCAGCGUCGUCGACGGAGAAGACAAAGGAAAACAAAGUGAAAGUGAUCGGGUGCUCUAG